AUGAAUCCUGAGAUAACAGAACAAUGGGAAAAGGCGCAGGAAAGUGAAUUAUUAGAUGAAACAAAAGAGAUAUUAGACAAACAAAACACGUUGUGCAAGGACCUUAUAGCUGAGAAAAAUAAGCUGAUUAAUGAACUGAAUUUAGAAAUUAAAGCUAAAGAUGAUCAUUAUGUAAGAGAAUUAAAGAAACGCACAGAUGAUAUUGAUUUAUUAGCCGAACGAAUGGAAUCACAAAUUAAAGCUAUUCAAAGAACCUAUCGGGAAGAACUAAUUGCCAUUGAAAAUGCAUUUUUAGAUCAAAGAGAAAAAUUAACUAGUGAACAAAAUGCUGAAUGGGGAAUGUUGAUGAAUGAAAUCAAACAGAAACAAACUAAUUAUUUAAAACAACGUGAAGAUCAGGCUAUUGAAUAUGAGAAAGAACUUUAUGAUCUACGCACUAAAUAUUCAGAAGAGUACAAUGCACUGAAAAUAUCAUUAGGCGCUGAAGUCGAGACAUUUGAAAGUCAUUUACAAAAAUUAAAAUCUACAUAUCAAUUGAAUUUAGAAAAAUUAGAUUAUAAUUAUCAAGUUUUAAAACGACGUGAUGAAGAGAAUACAGUGCUUAAAUCAAAUCAAAAGAGAAGAAUUACACGUCUACAAGAUACAUUGAAUAAUUUACGUAUAAAAUCAACUAAACAAGAACAACAAUACAAAGUAGAAAAUGAACAGUUAUCUGAAGAUUAUAAAAGAAGAAUGGAAAAUUAUAGUGAUUUACAAAAGAAAUCAAAAUUGUUAAUAGAAAGUGUACAACGAAAUUUUCAUGAUAUUUGGAUAAUGAAUGAAGAGAAUUUGAAACAAUUAGGUAAUCGUCUUUUGGAAGCACAUCGAAUUAUUACUGAACAACAACUUGGCUUAACAUGGAAUCCACCAGAUAUAACAUUCAUGGAAAAUGUAGGUCCAGUGAAACAGAUCACCAGUAUACCUCCAGCUAUAAUUGCAAUGGAAUUAGCCUUACAAUCUGACAAGAAAAACUUUCCAGAUUCACAGAAUGUGACCUCAGAAAAUAAAAUACCUACAACAUUGAAAGAAGUUUCAUCAAAAACUGUACAAGAAUUUUUGCACUUACUGUGUUAUGAGCCUGAAUUUUUAAUUGAUGAAAACAUAAAACGUUUGUUAGAACCGUUAGGAUAUGAAGAAGGGUUACUUCUACGUCUAGAUACAAUACUAACGGUUUUAGGUGUACAAACAGAAGAAGAUUUAAAUAUGUUAUUUACAUAUUUUGUCGAACAACAAAAAGAUAAUAAAUCUCAGCUUAAACGUGUACCUUCAACAACCAUUGAAGAAUCAAGUGAAUCUGUUCAGAAAUCUCCAUCGAAAUAUACCAGCUCACAAAGUUUACAAGAAUCAUCUGAUAAAAUGAAUGAAACUGUUAAAUUUAUACAAGAUGAAAGUAAUAAAGUUCAGUCAAUUGUUAAUGGAAAAUGUUCAAUAAAGAUUGAUCAUUCAGAUGACGAAAUAAAAACUGAUGAAUCAUCCAUAUCUCAUGAAACUCAAACAUCUUCAUUAAAAUGGAGUUUAAUUUCACCGGUACAUGUGAUUGAUGCAAUAUAUCAAUUUACUGAAGAUAUGCAUAGAUGUAAACAUUCAGAGGAUAAAAAUAACAUCGAUAAUCAUAAUGAUGGUGAUGAUGAUGAUGGUGGUAGUGGUGGUGAUGAUGAUAAUAAGAACAAUAAAAAUACAAAAUCUACAGAAACUUGUAUUCAAUUAAAUCAUAAAUUCAAAAAUAAUUUACCAUUAAUUACAAUGAAAAAUUUAUCAUCAUUAAAUAAUAUUGAAAUCAAUAAAAAAUCAUUUAAUUUUAAUAAAAUUAAUAUAUUUGAUGAUUAUAGAAUUCGUAAUGAUUCAAAUGAUUUAAUCUAUUGGAAUAAAUAUAAACAGAACAUAGUCACUGAAGAAUGGGAAGAUAUAUGGAAUAAUUUAUAUCUAGCUUUAGAAAAAUAUUACAAUGUACUGAAACAUCGAGCCAAAUUAAUACAUGAUACAGACGGUUUAAGAAAACAAAAUGCUGAACUACGACAUUUAUUACAACAAUAUAUGAAUUCCAAGGUUAAUUAUGAAUUACAAAUUCCACCAUCAAAAAUUAUGUCAUUUAUUUGA